AUGACGAUGAGGCAGUCGAGGUUCAAGAGGAUCUGCGUCUUCUGCGGCAGCAGCCAGGGGAAGAAGCGGAGCUACCAUGACGCCGCCAUUGAGCUCGGCAACGAGCUGGUGGCCCGGAGCGUCGACCUGGUGUACGGCGGCGGCAGCAUCGGGCUGAUGGGCCUCGUCUCCCAGGCCGUCUACGACGGCGGCCGGCACGUCAUCGGGGUCAUUCCCAAGACGCUCAUGACACCAGAGAUAAGUGGCGAGACAGUCGGGGAGGUGCGCCAGGUGGCCGACAUGCACCAGAGGAAGGCAGAGAUGGCGCGGCAGUCCGACGCAUUCAUCGCUCUGCCUGGAGGGUAUGGGACGCUGGAGGAGCUGCUCGAGGUCAUCACGUGGGCGCAGCUGGGCAUCCACCACAAGCCGGUUGGGCUGCUGAACGUGGACGGCUACUACAACUCGCUGCUGACCUUCAUCGACAAGGCCGUGGAGGAGGGCUUCAUCAACCCCAGCGCCCGCCGCAUCAUCGUCCUCGCGCCCACCGCGCAGGAGCUCAUGGACAAGCUCGAGGCUGGCAAGCUUAUUGCAAAUCUGAUUGUCAUGGGCUCUACGAUUAUAGGAAGGGCUAUGCUUCAGGCAUAUCGUAAAGCACUUGAUAAUGCAAAUAAAACUGGUGUGGCCCAUGAGGCAAUAAACAAUAUUCGUAGAGCGAGCAAAACAAUGACCGAACAAGAAGCGAGGCAGAUACUGGGUGUCUCAGAGAAUUCGACGUGGGAAGAGAUUGUACAGCGAUACGAUAACUUGUUUGAAAGAAACGCCAAAUCUGGGAGCUUUUACCUCCAAUCGAAGGUUCACCGGGCCAAAGAGUGCCUAGAAACAGUGUACCAAAAGAACAAACAAGAUGAGCCUCCUAAUUGA